AUAUGUAUAGAUACAGAUACAGACACAUAUUUACUAUACCAAAUAUCCAGAAAUCCCUGCACCAUUUCUGUAUUAACAUAAUCUUUAGUUUUGUUUACUGUAUUAUCAAGUGGGUUGGAAUAAUCUGUUCAAAUAUCACAAAGCAAUUAGAAAUUCAAGUCAUUCUGAGUUAUGGUUCCCUGUCAUUUCCAUUACAUUGCAAUUGGCUAGCAGUCAGCUGCUGGCAUUACACAAUUGGCUUGUAUAAAACAAGAGUGGAUCUUUUUAUUUGUACUCUGUGACUGUAGCACAUGCAGCUUAACAUAGCAAGAAAACAAAGGUCUUUCCUGACAACCCCUCCAUGAUCCAUCCUGUGUGCUGGCACUACAGAAACAGUGUCUCUUACCUCACCUUACCAAUAUCUUAGGGAAUGCUUUACAUAAUCACUUGAAGAUCAGUUCUUGAAAAUGCAGAAGACUAAAGAUUACAGAUUUCCAGGAUUAAAGUGAUGCGAGGAUUUUAGAUCCUAAGAGCCUGCUCUUCCAGGAAUGGAUGUACAGAGAGAGAAUACACAUGAAUAUAUAGAAAGCUGAAUCCUAUGAUUCAGCAAGAAAAAUUUAAAGGAAGAAGGAGAGGAAAAAUCCUUUUAUUCUGGAGUGGACAUUACUGAACCUUAUUGAAAGGAUGGAUUAUCACUCUACCAAAGAAAACAGCGAGCAAGAUACUGAGAAAAUGAAAUGGAUGCAUAUUUGUAUACCAGAUUAAUAAAACCCUGCUACCUGUGAAAAAGGUUCACAAGAUGCUGGAAUUGGAUUUAUCCUGGUCAUAGACCGCAGGCAAGACAAAUGGAGUUCUGUCCAAGCUUCUGUACUGAGAAUUGCGACAUCAUUUCCAGGAAACUUGCAGCUAGUUCUGGUCUUGAGACCGACAGGAUUUUUGCACAGAACUCUCUUUGACAUUGCAUUCAAAUUCCAUAGAGAUGACUAUAAGAUGAAGCUACCUAUCAUAAUGCUGAGCUCACUAGCAGAGUUAAAUAGCUACAUUGACAGAACACAGUUAACAGAGGAUCUUGGUGGCACUCUGGAUUACUGCCACAACAGGUGGCUGACACAUCGCACUGCUAUAGAGAGCUUUGCUCGAAUGGUGAAGCAAACAGCUCAGACACUUCGCUCAUUUGGAGCUGAACUGGCAGAAACAGAAUUACCAAAUGAUGUGGAGUCUACCAGUUGCCUCCUCACAGCACAUACUGAAAACAAAGUCAAAAUGAAGGAGGAUCUAAGAAUCGCAGUAGAACAAGGCCAUGAUAUUCUCCAUAGUAUUAAGAAACCAGUUCUUGAAAACCCAGAGUACAAGAUGAAUCCGGAUCAAGUGGAAAACCAGGUUACUGUGGAAAGGCUUCUAGCGCAACUAGAUGAAACAUCAACAGCCUUUGAUGAUUUUUGGUCUAAGCACCAACAGAAACUUGAGCAAUGCUUACAACUCAGACAUUUUGAACUGGAUUUCAAAGAGGUCAAAUCAGAUCUAGAGACUGUAUUUGAGAGGUUAACUCACUUCACAGAAAUGGGAAACAGCUGCUCACAUGUCGAACACAUUCUGAAAGAACUCACCAAUUUAGAAGACAAAUCACAGGACGUUCUGGAAAAGGCCAGGAUGCUCAUUUCUACGGGUGACCAGUUUAUUCAGAACAACCAUUAUGCCGUGGACUCCAUUUUCCCAAAGUGCAGUGAACUCCAACAACACUGUGACAUGAUUUCUGCACAAACAAAUAAAAUAAGGGCUCUCCUAAAUCAUUCAUUUGAACUACAUAGCCGGUUGGAAAAGUCCAUGAGGUGGUGUGAUGAAGGAAUUUACUUGCUGGCUUCACAGCUGGUAGACAAAUGCCAGACACAGGAUGGCGCAGAAUCAGCUUUACAGGAGAUUGAGAAAUUUUUGGAUACUGGUGGAGAAAAUAAACUCAAGGAACUAAAUAAUUUGUACAAAGAAUAUGAAGCUAUCCUUAGUGAGGAAUUAAUGGAACACAUACAAAAAGUUUUUCAGAAGCAAGAAAGUAUGGAAGAAAUGUUUAAAAAGAGGCAAGUCAGUCUUAAGAAACUAGCAGCUAAGCAAACUCGUCCAGUUCAGCCCGUGGCACCCAGGCCAGAGGUUUCUCUAAAGUCACCUUGUCCUUCUCCAGGGCUUCAGAGAGACUCUGAAGAUCCAUCCAGUCCUGACAAUCACAUGAUCCAGAGAACCAAUUUCAGAAGAGCCAAGAGUGAAAUGAAUGAAAUUCAUCAAACUAGAGGAGGAUCUAUGAUGGAUGAUGAAGAAAAUCUAGCUGUCUUACGGAAACAUGUAAUUAAUGAACUUCUGGAAACUGAACGAGCUUAUGUGGAAGAACUUCUGUGUGUCCUUGAGGGCUAUGCUGCAGAAAUGGAUAAUCCCUUAAUGGCACAUCUCAUUUCCCCUGGGCUGCAGAAUAAGAAGGAUGUAUUGUUUGGAAAUAUGGAAGAAAUCUAUCACUUUCACAACAGAAUAUUCUUGAGAGAACUAGAAAAUUACAUAGAAUACCCAGAACUGGUAGGAAGGUGUUUCCUUGAAAGGAUGGAAGACUUUCAGAUUUAUGAAAAAUAUUGUCAAAAUAAACCUCGAUCUGAAAGUCUGUGGAGGCACUUCUCAGACUCUGUGUUCUUUCAGGAGUGUCAAAGAAAACUUGACCACAAACUGAGUCUGGAUUCCUACUUACUGAAACCUGUUCAAAGAAUAACCAAAUAUCAGCUGUUACUAAAGGAAAUGUUAAAAUACAGUAAAAAUUGCGAAGGUGCAGAAGAUCUCCAAGAGGCAUUAACAUCAAUAUUGGGAAUUCUUAAAGCAGUGAAUGAUUCCAUGCAUCAGAUUGCAAUCACCGGCUAUGAUGGAAACAUGAAUGAACUCGGCAAACUUCUAAUGCAAGGCUCCUUUAAUGUAUGGACUGAUCAUAAAAAAGGUCAUUCAAAAGUGAAGGACCUGGCACGGUUCAAACCAAUGCAAAGGCACCUCUUCCUGCAUGAGAAGGCGAUAUUGUUCUGUAAAAAAAGAGAGGAGAAUGGAGAAGGAUAUGAAAAAGCACCUUCAUACAGUUAUAAGCAUUCUCUAAAUAUGACUUCUGUUGGAAUAACAGAGAACGUCAAAGGUGAUGCUAAAAAAUUUGAAAUCUGGUAUAAUGCAAGGGAAGAAGUUUACAUAAUACAAGCCCCAACCCCUGAAGUCAAAGCUACUUGGGUAAAUGCAAUCAGAAAAGUAUUGACCAGUCAACUACAGGCAUGCCGGCAAGCUAGCCAGCACAGAAUUCUAGAGCAUACACACAGUUUACCAUUACCUGCGUCGUUUAACACAAGCCCAUCUCGAAAUGAUGGAAGGAACAUCAGAAAACAGGAAGAGAGAAAUUCUGAUUUUGUAAGUCCAGAUGGUUGUGUCACCUCAGUCACAUCAAAGUAUCCUGAAAAAGGCAAAGCUUCUCCCAUCAGCCCAGACAAAAAUACUAAACGACAUGAAGUAAAGAGUGAUCCAACUCCAUUGGGUUUGAGAGAUGCAAGUUCUGUGUUAACAUGGAACAGGGCCAAGUGGGUCAGCACUUCUUAUCUUUUACUAGCUGCUCAGCGCAGGCAAGGGUGGUCAAAGGCAUCUCAGUCUGUUGAUGCUUCUGAAGAAAAUGAUGGUUGGUCUAGUGCAGAGGAUCCAUUCAAUUCCUCAGAUGCAGAAGAAGAAGGAAAAGGGGAGAAGAAGCUGAUUCCUGGUAAAUAUACUGCUGUGGCCAAUUAUGACAAAGGAGACUCUGAAGACUUGGUGCUGAAAAGUGGAGACUUGGUUCAGCUGAUCCAUGAAGGAGAAGAUGGGCUUUGGUAUAUAAAGAAUUUGAGCACAAGCAGGGAAGGAUGGGUCCCAGUCAACAGUCUCUUGGCAUUGCUUGGCAACUCAAAAUCUGCUCUUUCUCUGAACAGCUCAGAGUCAGUGGCUGGUUCAAGUACUCUGAGCUCAUCAUCAAGCUACAGUGAAAGCUGCACUGUUAGUAGCACCAGUGUCUCGGAUGUUAAAGGCUGACUGAAAAGAGUAGUCACGUCUCCUGUGAAGCUUUCCAACUUCAAAUAUAAAAACUGAAUAUUAGAUCAAAUAGAGAAGCACCAUGCUUGUUGGUCUUUUCAGUGUCUCUCCACCGACCAAGUUUAAGUGGUCAUUUACAAGGAUUUCUUAAAGGGAUUAAAUGAUAAUGUAAAAUGAUAAUUGGAAGCAUGGAAUAGUAGGGCAGCGUGUUGGAAAAGAGAAGUCUUCUUGAAGUUGCAUGUCAGACAUUUGCCACUUUUCUAGAACACAGUGAGCUCUACCAUGAAGUGGAAGAAUGUUAUGAAGAAAUCGAGUCAUGUUAAUUGGUGUAAAUUUGUACAGAUAAAACAACAAAUAUGAAGUUAAUGUAGAAUGUGAUAAACUUGAUCUUUACAUAUCACUGUACAUGAAAGCCUCCUAAGUCAAUGUGUGAUGUAUAGAAAAGUAAUGUUUAUAGCAGGGUAGGAAUCAUCUGGCCUCCACAUGUUUGGACAUCAGCUCUCCAUCAAGCCUAUCCAGCAGAGUCUUUUGUGAGAAAUCAUGGGAAUUGCAAUUCAACUGUACUUGGGGGGGGGGGUCUCAUUAUUUCCACUGCAUCUUCCAGAAUCAGGGGAUUCCAUUUCUGACUUUUUUUAACCACUGUGCUUUAUACCCAUAAAUGCUAUGUCACAAAAGAAAUGAACAGUUCCACUGCAACAGACACAAUUGUUUUUGUGUUUUGUUUUGUUUUUUACAGUAUGUGACAAUGGCUAUUUGGAUGUAUUUUUUACCACACAGCCAAAUCCUACACCAAGGAUGACUAUAGAAUGCUGGCAACUUGAAAAAGCAACAUCUGUUUCUUAAAAUUACUGAGUAGAAGCACUGACACAUAUUUUAUAGUGCUUAUAUUGUUAUUCAACGUUAUAUAAUAUCAUGCAGUUGCCCUUAGCACUUACAGUUAGAAAAUAGCCACAAGGUAUUAAAUGAAGCAUUCCUAAGUCUCUUGAGAUGGAAAUCUCACCGCUGUUUAAAGGUUAUUGUGAAAGUAAGAACACCAUUUGAGAAAGUGAACAUCAACAACUAUAGAUUUUUUUUAAAAAAAAACAACAAGAAAAAUAGUGUUUUAUAUCCUUUAUGUGAAAGAGAGAAAUGUUGUAUGACCAGUCUCCUCUAACAUAUGAUUUGCACAUCUUCAUUUCCAAAUACAAGCUGUAUGUAUUUUCUUAUAUAAACCAACCUGAAUUCUUACAUAUUUCCAAAUUAAUUUAUAUCAUUUAUACCUCAUUCAUGUAUUAUAUAAUGAAGAAUCGUGUUGAAGGGAUUUUUAACUGUCAGCACUUAUUAAAACUAGGAGGCUAGAAUAGAGCAAGAUAUAAUUAAUUUGAUUUGGCUUCCAGAUGUAUAAACAGUGUCUCAUCAUAUUAUUCUAAAUGCCAGAAAUAUAUUCUGGCUCACAGUUACAAUCAAGCUGUGUCUGACUCUGGUCAGUACAACAAUUUAUGUCUACCUAUAUAUGUUUAUAUGUGUGUUGUAUUUACUAAUGUAAAAUAUAUAUAUAUACUCUUCAGGCUGCUAAAGCUGCCUCUGUGUAUGUACUUAGGUUUCUUCAAAAGGCAGCACUGUGAAUGAUGUCUUAAGAUUUUAUUUUAUACCAUUUCCAGUGCAAAAGAUGCACCUCUUCAAAUCAUCUUGCAUAAAUAUUACUCUGCCAGCCAAGGCACUGUCUUUCCCAUCAUGGUAUUAAAAUAGCAAUAAUCUUUGUAACUUAUUUUGUAAAUAUGAACGCUAGAAAAAAUAAUGAUAUUCAUACUCAAAAAAUUGACCUAGAUUGAAGGAAUGCACACACAAGGAUUCAUAAUUCUCUCUGUGAUCACCCCAACCCCCUGCUGCCCAUGGUGCCAUUUUGGGUGUCUGAAAAGCAGUGAAUGGCUUUUUUAUAUAUAUAAUGUAGAAUGAAUAAAGUGAUUUACUGCUUCUCUGGUUCAUUUGAAGGAACUACUUUGGGAACCAAAAGCUAUAAAGUCCCUUCUGUUUUCACUUUGUCCCUGAUAGCAUCUUCCUGAAUUUCGCACGUGGUUGUACAUAUAUCAUUGCACUUUAAUACAGCCCACACAUUUCACUUUUCUAUUGUUGUUGUAAAUAACUUCUUCAGAAUCCAGUGUCUUUGAUGUUUGUAAAAAAAGUCUAAAUAAAUUUCAGCAAUUCUUGCUGAGUGGUCUCAAUAUAGCAA